GCGCACAAAGGUCCUCGGCGCUCGCCCAAGCUCAUAAAAGGAAAAAAAAGAGCGUGUGUGGUUCUCGACGUGCCGCGAAUCUUCGAACGCAGGUGCGUUACCAUCCGCAGACUCUGAAAAGCGUUCGCCACACGCGCCUGCUACCGCCGUCGCAAUUUUCAGCGCGACGCGUUUGUUCCGCUCGAGAUUCGGACACCAGUCACACUGGAUUAAGUGCCUACCCUACUCAAGUAUGACCUCCUCUUAGCAUCUUGAUGACGUCUGCAAUGACCCUUUUUCCAAAUAAGGUGGCAUUCACAGGCACCCUCACAUACCAUGGCCCUCGUGUCUGCCGAUUCCCGCAUUGCGGAACUUCUCACAGAGCUCCAUCAACUGAUCAAGCAAACCCAGGAAGAGCGUUCAAGGAGUGAACACAACCUAGUGAAUAUCCAGAAGACCCAUGAGCGGAUGCAGACAGAGAACAAGAUUUCUCCUUAUUACCGGACAAAGCUGCGAGGCCUCUACACCACCGCCAAGGCCGAUGCAGAGGCUGAGUGCAACAUCCUCCGCAAAGCCCUGGAUAAGAUUGCUGAGAUCAAGUCGCUGUUGGAAGAGAGGCGAAUUGCGGCCAAGAUCGCGGGUCUGUACAAUGAUUCGGAGCCGCCUCGGAAGACCAUGCGCAGAGGGGUGCUGAUGACCUUGCUGCAGCAGUCGGCUAUGACCCUGCCCCUGUGGAUUGGGAAGCCUGGUGACAAGCCCCCACCCCUCUGUGGAGCCAUUCCAGCCUCAGGGGACUAUGUGGCCAAGCCUGGAGACAAGGUGGCUGCACGGGUCAAGGCUGUGGAUGGGGAUGAACAGUGGAUCCUGGCAGAGGUGGUCAGUUACAGCCAUGCCACCAACAAGUAUGAGGUAGAUGACAUUGAUGAAGAAGGCAAAGAGAGACACACCCUGAGCCGCCGGCGCAUCAUCCCACUGCCUCAGUGGAAAGCCAACCCUGAGACUGACCCCGAGGCCUUAUUCCAGAAGGAGCAGCUGGUGUUGGCCCUGUAUCCCCAGACCACCUGCUUCUAUCGUGCCCUGAUCCACACGCCCCCACAGCGGCCUCAAGAUGACUACUCAGUUCUCUUUGAAGACACCUCCUAUGCAGAUGGCUACUCCCCUCCCCUCAAUGUGGCCCAGAGGUACGUGGUGGCUUGUAAGGAGCCCAAGAAAAAGUGAAGCUGACGGGCAGACUGGAGGUCUGCUGCUGCCAUCCUCACGGGAGAAGGCAAGAGAGGAUUUUCCGGGAUCAAAUAAAUAUUCUU